CUUUGUGAAUUAUCGCUCUUUACCUUGAUUGCGAGCUUCUGAAGCGGUUCGUCUUUAAAUUUCGUGAGGGCGAGAAAGAGGAGUCAACCUCUGUUGUUUCUUCGUUUCAUGGUCCUCAUCCGAGAUUGGACCCAGGUAAACACGACACAAACCACAGCCUACCACCACGCCACUCGACCUUGAGCACAAGCUAUGGCUCUAAUACAGACGUCCCUCAUCUGGGUCGCCUACGCUGUGGCGAUAGCGAUACUUCUCAUAAUUGCUGCGCUUUUUGUCUUCAUUUACCAGGAUCCACGCGAACGCGCCCCUAGUGUCACGACCGUUUGCAUCUUCACCACGCUAUGCCUCCUCGCAACCGUACUUCUCAUGCCCGUCGACAUUGCUCUCGUUUCAGCAACGACUAGCAGCAAGUGGGGCCGAAAGAAGGACUGGGCAACGCCGGACAAGGUCGACAGUAUCUUGUACGCGCUAGAGAUUGUGUACUACUGCCUGUACAGUCUUGAUGCUCUGCUGUGCUUGCUUGUCAUUCCUUUCACCUACUUUUGGUACGAGGAGAGCGAAGAUGAAGAGGGGGAGCGAACGUUGGGACAGAAGUUCUGGGGUGCCUUCAAAUACACCGUGUUCUUCAUUCUCAUUGUUGUGAUUCUAUUUUUGGUGGGCUUCUUCGUUCCUUACGCCAAAGGAAUAAGAGACGACGAGGGAGAUAAAAAUCUGGACUACUUCAAGAAAUUAUUGACGGAGAACCACGGCGAGCGAGCUCUCACCUUCGCGCUUGGCCUCCUCAUCUCCAUCGGAACGCUCGUUUACAUAAUCUACACGGCGGCUGGUCUUGCGCUGCUCCCAGUAGCACUCAUCAAAUCCGCACCAUCCAUCUCAGCACCAGGUUUGGCAGCAAACACUGCGUCACAUCUCGAGCAGAACCGUGAACGUCAACGGCAGCUCGAAUUGCGUAACGAGGGACGAGAGGGUGGACUUGACUCCAGAGACCGUCGUGAGCUUGAUGCCCUCGUAAGGGAAGAACGCACUCUUGUCCGUCGCGAACGACUCGCGGCCGAGGCACGAGGGGAAGGCAGAUCAUGGCUAGUUCGGGCAUGGAUGAAGACAGAGGCUGUUUUCCGUCCUCUGAAGCUUAUCGGGGGAUUUCUCCUCAUCAUUAUCACCCUUGUGAUCUGGUCGUCAAUGCUGAUUACGGGAAUUGACAAGGCAAAAAACAGCAUCUGUGGUGUCAAAUGUGGCUACGUCCUUGGUCACAUUAACAUCUUCCAGCCUAUCAACUGGAUCUUUGUCACGACGUCCAAAGUCUUUCCCAUAGACUAUGUGAUCUUUCUACUGAUGAUCAUGUUGUUCUUCAGCGCUUCCGUUGUUGGGAUCGCUACUGCGGGCAUUCGGUUUCUGUGGGUCGUCAUCUUUAAGAUACAGAAGGGACGCACAACUCCUCAAGCAAUGCUUCUGGCCACAGUGCUCCUCACGCUCAUCGUUUUAGCAAUUAACUAUAGCGUUGCUACGAUGGUUGCACCCCAGUACUCGACAUUUGGUCCUCAGACAUACUGCGAUAUCCCAGUUCAGCAUCCAGGCGAGCAACCAGACUGUACCAAGCACAAGUCGCAGAUCAAGCCCUGCACAGAGCUGGCGACGAACCCGAUUGCAAGAGACGUUUGUACGCCGUCAGUUGUCUCCACAUUUAUCAACCGCGUUACCAUCAACUUCCCUUUCUUUGGAGUGUUCGAUUUCUGGGCGCAGUUCGCAUUCUUGGGCGUCUAUUUCAUCGUUUUCGUAUUGACUCUGUUCAGAACUCCAAAGCUCGACAUUGAAGGAAUCGAUGAAGCGGCAGAGGCAGACGAAGAAGAGGGUUUGCUGGCAAGUACGGGCAGGCGUUUCAAUGCAACUUGGCAGGACAUCACGGGACGUGCGCGGAAUAGGGAAAGAAGAAUGGGUUACGGGACUGUCAACGAACAUGGCGAUACAUAAGCAUUCUGGGGCUCAUGGCGAUUGCAGUUGGUCGUACUGUUCACGUAUGUGAUUUUGGUAGUCUUCGCACCAAAUUGAUAAGCGUAUUUUGCUACAUGCACUCUGCUUCUACAUCCCUCUCCAUGCGGAAGAUUCCAUGGUACCUCGAGCGGACUAUCCGAUAGAGACAUGUUUCUUUUUUGACGAAUGUACAAAGCAUAGAGAGUAUACGGAGUUUUAAACUAAAGAAAUCACGCUCUACAGUCAUUCCUUCAUCCUAA